AUGCGUGCAACUCAGAGUCGGCAGAAAUCCUACGCAGAUAAGAGGAGGAGGCCACUUGAGUUUGAGGCAGGGGACCACGUGUUCCUCAAGGUUACCCCUACAGCAGGUAUUGGGAGAGCAUUGAAGUCGAGGAAGUUAACUCCUCGAUUCAUCGGUCCAUAUCAAAUUACGAGGCGAAUUGGACCGGUGGCGUACGAGAUUGCAUUGCCACCUCACUUGGCAAACCUGCACAAUGUCUUCCACGUAUCACAGUUGAGGAAGUAUGUGGCGGAUCCUACUCAUGUGCUGGAACAGGAUGAUGUCCAGGUGCGUGAGAAUCUAACUUUGGGAGUGGGACCGAUGAGAAUUCUGGAUUCUCAAGUCAAACAACUCAGAGGGAAGGAGAUUCGGACUAUGAAGGUUCUUUGGGACGAGGUAACCCAGGAGAUGAUUUGGGAGAUGGAGGAUCUCAUGAGGAAGUCUUAUCCUCACCUCUUUGCUGUUUUUGGUAUAUUAUACACUGAAAUUCGUGAUGCACAUGAGGGAAUUUGGGGGUUGUGA